GUGGAGGAAUGCUUGUCACCUACUCCUUUUAAGUUCCCAAUCUCCCAAUGCUUCUCAAAGUCUCAUAGACACAGAUAGAGAAAGAGAGAGAGGGUAAAAAAAAAAAGCUUUGAUCUUUGCUUGCUCUGUUUCUUCUCUCUUUUCUGUGCCAAUGGAGAGGCACAAAUGCAAGCUCUGCUUCAGGACUUUUGCUAAUGGCAGAGCUUUGGGUGGUCACAUGAAGGCUCAUUUGGCCAACCUGCCUCUUCCUCCAAAGCCACAGCAACUCGGUGGCCCUACUGAGCCAGCCUUAUCUUCAUCUUCUUCCUCGGGUGAAGAACAAGAAGAGGAUCAAAGCCUCGGAGAAGAAGCUGAGGACAAAGCUUUGAUUUAUGGGUUGAGAGAAAAUCCCAAGAAAAGCUUCAGACUUGCAGAUCCUGAGUUCUCUUUUGCAGUCGAUGCUGGGUCUGUGGUCCAGGAUAGGGAGAGCGAGACCGAGUCAAAGAACCCAACUCGCCAACGAUCCAAGCGGAAUCGGAAACCGGGUGUGUCGGAGAUUCAGAGUCAGAACGUGGAAAUGAAGAAGCCAAAGCCCAGUUCCAGUUUGGUCGACUCGCCCGAGCUGCUGAGUUCGGUUUCUGAUACUUCUCCAGAAGAAGAUGUUGCCAUGUGCCUGAUGAUGCUUUCGAGGGAUAUAUGGAUGAGAAACAACGAAGAGCAAGAUGAAGAACAAGGUAAACAAGUACAAAGAUCGGUCAAAGUUAAGGUUCGGGAAUCAGAGGAGAUCAAAAUUAGGAAGGUUCGAGGGAAGCAUCGGUGCGAUAAAUGCAAGAAAACGUUUCGAUCCUUUCAAGCACUGGGCAGUCACAAAACGAUUUGCUGCAGAGAUGAAACGGGUAAUGAUGGGAAUGAGAGAAUCUUUGAAUGCCCAUUUUGUGACAAAGUGUUUGGGUCUGGACAAGCACUUGGUGGCCACAAGAGAUCUCACCUCUUGGGUUCUUCUUCAACAACAACAACAACUACUACAACAAUCGUCACAAAUGCUGCAACUUCAAGUCCUUUGAAAUCGGAGACAAGUGCCAUAGAUCUCAACUUGCCUGCUCCGGUGGAAGAAGAUGUUUUCAGUGUGGUCUCAGAUGCAUAAUUCUUUGAUUUCUAACAUCUCAUGCUGUUUUGUUUAAUUGGGUAAAAAAAAAA